GUCGUAAUUAUUUUCGUGUUUGACGCGCACCUUUACCGGAAACGGAAAUAAUAACAAAGUUAUAAUUAACGAGCGCAUAGAGAGACUCGAAUAUUUACUCUACCCUUACGUCAUUUCCGACGGAGGCGGUGUCGAAGCCGAGCAAACCAAUGGGGGAGCGAUCAUCCGGGAAUGCGCUCGGCGGUUCGCGGUCCUCGGGGGUAUGGAAGGAACGCGACAGUGCAGUAGAGACAUGGGGUUGUUCGGUUGCGCGUGGAGGCUCUCGCUGGUGGUGUUAUUGUUCGUAUGUCACCGAGUGUCGUGCUCUUCCGAAAAUCCGAGCGAAUCGGAGAGGUUUCGAGUGGCAUCCGUCGACUUUGCGCACGUGUCCACCCCUUUCAUUAUUUCGCUAUGGAUCGUCAUCGCCGGACUGGCCAAGAUAGGUUUCCACGUGACUCCACGAAUAUCGUUGAUAUGCCCGGAAAGCUGCCUGCUGAUCGUCAUAGGGGUGAUCAUCGGCUUCCUGCUACACUACACGGGAUUAACGCAGGUGGGGCCUCUGACCCCCGACGUCUUCUUCCUGUUCAUGUUGCCACCCAUCGUGCUGGACGCGGGUUAUUACAUGCCGAACAGACUCUUCUUCGAUAAUUUGGUCACUAUCCUGCUCUUCGCGGUGAUUGGCACCGUCUUUAACGCUCUGUCGGUGGGCCUCUCCUUGUACGGGGUGGGCCUGACGGGCCUCUACGGCCUGAAAUUUCCUCUGCUCGAGGCCCUACGUUUCGGUGCCAUCGCCUGCGCGGUCGACCCCGUGGCCGUUUUGGCAGUUUUCGAGGAGAUCCAUGUCAACGACGUUCUCUAUAUCGUUGUGUUUGGGGAGUCUCUACUCAACGACGCCGUCACCGUGGUGUUGUAUCACAUGUUCGACGAGUACUCCAAGAUGGGACAAAACAUCAUUCCCGUAGACUACGUGGCGGGCGUGUCGUCAUUUUUCGUGGUGGCCGUGUGUGGCACUCUGGUGGGCAUCGUCUGGGGUUUCCUGGCAGCCUUCGUUUCCCGUUUCACCCAUCACGUGCGAGUCAUCGAACCCCUCUUCGUCUUCGUUAUGUCCUACCUGGCCUACGUCAGCGCCGAACUCUUUCACCUGUCCGGAAUUUUAGCGUUGACGUUUUGUGGCAUCACGAUGAAAAAUUACGUGGAAGAAAACAUAUCCUACAAGUCUCACGUCACGGUGAAAUACGCCAUGAAGAUGUUGGCCAGUUGUUCCGAAACCAUUAUCUUCUUGUUUCUCGGAGUGUCCACCGUCAACGAUAAUCACGUGUGGAACACGUGGUUCGUAGUCAUGACCAUCCUCUUCUGCACCGUGUACAGGAUCGUCGGAGUGAUGUUGCUGACGGCAGUUGCCAACCAUUUUCGACUUCACAGGUUGAACAGGGUGGAGCAGUUCAUCAUGGCUUACGGGGGGUUGAGGGGGGCAGUGGCCUUCGCCCUCGUACUCGUCGUGUCCAACGAAGGGCCUACCAAAGACAUGAUGGUGACUACCGUCAUCGCUUUGGUCUACUUCACCGUAUUUGUACAGGGUAUGACCAUUGGUCCUUUGGUGCGUAUUUUGAACGUUACGAAAAGUAGUAAAGUGAAGCCGACCAUGAACGAAAGAAUUCACACUAGGCUGAUCGAUCAUCUGAUGGCCGGCAUCGAAGAUAUUACGGGACAAAUCAUGGGAAAUUAUCAUCUCAGAGACAAAUUCAAGUAUUACAAUAACAAAUACCUCCGCCCAUUGUUGCUCUGCGAUCACGUGGUGGCCGAACCCAAAAUCUUCGAGACUUACUCGAAAUUGAACAUCGCCGAUGCCAUGAGCAUGGUUAAGAACAACGUUUCGAUGGCAGCGCACGAAAAUGGCUCCCUGGCUCACGUCUUCAGGACAUUCACGCGAGCCAACUUAGCGGAGGGUUUCGGAGGAGGUCGCGACAAUCCUUCUUUCGAUCGUUCGUCUUCUCGUCCCGAUUUUCUCAACGUCGACAUGGCGGAACUCAAUUACUCCCCCAGUUACAAAGACGUGGCGGAUGCGGAAUUGCAUCACAUCCUAUCCGACGCCAUGUUUAAACCUCCGAGAAGGUUUCGAAAAUACAGUCGAGAUCACAUUCCAGACAAUAAAAGUCAUCCUCCUUUUCAUCACCACAUUCGCAUGCAGAUACGUCAUCUAGUAAGUGAAAAUAACAGACAUCGCCGGAGAUCUCAGCCAAAUAAUUACUUAACUGUAAAUAACAAUAACAAUAAUGAUGAUACUUAUUCUCGUAAUCACAGUUUAAAUACGUUACAACUUAGUAAUAUCAAAGAAAUAAAAGAAAAAGAAAGAACAACCAGUAAAGUGAGUCUUGCCAGCAUCAGUUCCGAAACGAGUUCGAGUCCCAGUCAGGACGACAACGGAAUUAUAUUUCAAGUUCCAAAUCAUUCUCCUCAGUCUCCCAAUUCCGAAACUUCUAAGCAAACUUUGCCAGACGAAACAGUUUUAACACCAGUUUCUCCGACCGUAACCGAAACCACUCUUCCCUGGAAACGUCGAGAUGACAUAACAGAGGAUGAGUGUGCAAGAAUACAGCAGGAAUUUCCAUCCUGGAUCGACAACAGAGAGUACAUGGCCUAUGCGUCUCCUACCGACACGCUGUUGGGCAAGUUGAGCGGAUCGGAAGAAAAGAGACCCGCCGUGUUCGAAAUUUUUAAACUAGAUGCCUCUCCGGUAAAGGGCGUACCCCAGAAGAACGAAGAGGCAAUCAACACCGUCCUAAUAGAGGGUCACCGAUCUCCAUCGACGUCAAAAGACGGAGUAAAUGCAGACUGCGAAGUACAAGAUACCUCCAUCGACAUGUCAAACUUUGUCGAACAACACACCAAGUUAUAAAAUGGAUGCCUUGUGCAAAAUUGGUCACAAAUAUUUUUAUGUUAAUUUUACUAGUAUUAGAAGAUAAUUGGAAAGCAUUACUUAAAACAUAGACUGUUGAGGGUGCUACAGAUUAAAACUAUGGAAUAUUGGGGAUGUCAGUGUUUAAAUAAUUCAUUCCAAUUUCAUAACUCAAAAAAAGUAAAUGUAAAUAUAUGUGUUUACUACAUUUAAUUCCAAAAAAAAUUCAGCAAUUUAAGUAGUUUUGCUAGUUAAUAUUUUUUUUUCUUUUUAAAUAUACAUGAAUCUACUCUUUCACUAUUUUGUAUCUUAUAUGGACAAAUCUGCAUAUUCUUUGUCAUCUUUCAGUAUGAAGUAUUUAAUAUGAAAGUGUGUACAAUAUGUAACAGUGUCUAAUUGCAAAGGUAUUUUGCACAGGUUUUAUCCUUUCUUGGAUAAAAAUUGAACUUUCUUGUUCAAAGAUAAUGUAUUUUUGCAUCUGACAAUAUUUUGUUGAAGUGCAAAAUCUUUUAAAAAGAAAAAAUUUAACUUCUGUUUGCCAUUAUGGUUCCUAUUUCAAAUUGGGGAACAAAGACAAUUUUGUCUUUCCUAAGAUUAUCAACAAUGAUUUACACAUUACUUUGAUUAUCCAAAUGAAUCUUUUGAACUGUAAUGGAUAUUUUUAAGUUCUGGUGUAAUCAUAUUAUUCAGACAAUGUGAUUAUGGCACAAAUGUGAUAAAAUUAUUAAGUUUUAAAGCAAUUAAUGUUCCUGUAUUAUAUUGUAUAUAGGACACAAAACACGCUGUGCUAUCGAUCUGUACCUGCAUUGUAAAUACGUACCUUUUUUUACCUCGUUAAGGAAACGUGAUCAUUUUUAUAGUUUGUUGUUAGUUUUGUAUUGUUGACGGUUGCACAAUUUGUAAAAAUAAAGCAUUUUUGUAUAUAAUUUGUGUGUAUGGCAAAACGUUAUAUUCAUUUACCUCACCCCAGAUGCCGAAUUUCUCAUUCACUCCGUCCACUUCGCGUUCAAGCUUUAAGAAAAUAUUUUCAAGCACAAUCUUGAUUAGUGCAUUUUUACAAAGUGCUAAAAUGUUUUAGCAUAAUGUGUUAUGCAGCCUCAAUAAAUCAAAAUUUUUUUUAAAUUAUAAAUUUUUACAGGAACAUUUUAUCUUUUAUACAUAUAUAUUUAAUAUUAGAUUAUGCUCUGUGCUUUACGCACAUAUAAUUUCUAGCACAAAAUUUUAUAUUGUUUUUAUAGAAAUAGCAUUCAAAUUUUUGAAAAUAGCAACAGAAUGCACACAUAUUGUAAUUCAAUUAAGGAAUGUGUACUUAAAUACUUUCUCACAAAGACUUAAUUUUCCUGUUACUUGUUUUUUUUAUUUUAAAAACUAUACUUAAUGUCAUUUAAUUAUAAUGUCACUGCAUAUCUACAAAAAUUUUUUGCUCUGCACAAAAAUUGUAAUUCUGUCAAGACUCAAUAUAAUUCAAGUCUUGACAGAAGCGCUGUUGAAUUGUAACAAUACUGGAGUAAUCCAGAAUUGACAGAGUGAGAUUUGACAUUAUGCAAUAUUUGAAUGCUUCUUAUAUCCAAAUAUGCUCAAUAAUUGUUAAAAGUGAAUUUUUAAAUUACUGCAAAAUGAUUUUAAAUGAAAAUUGUCUCAUUAUGUACUGUACUUAGCACUUAUCAAACUUUAUGUGAAAACACCAUAUUUUUAAGAAAUUCUAUCAUCAGAGCAAUACAGAAUACUGGAUUUAUUUCAUCUGCGAGUCCCAGAUGUGUAUGAUUCUAAAAUACCGUUAAAAUCGUGUAAUCGUAUGUCGAUGAUAGUGCCAUGAAUAUUUACUGUAUUAUUGUAAAUGUACUGUGAAUAACUGUAAAUAAAAUAUAUGAAUUGUAACUGAU